AAGUUUCUAUAGAACUUGGAGUGAACAUGCCGUCUCAUUCAGACCAGAUGAAACCUGUCGAAUUCACUCUGUUCGAAAAAGCGCAGCUGAAAAUGGUGCCAAAUAAGCUGAAAAUACUGUUACCGUUGAUGGCGGUGGUUGUGGUGGCCAACGCCGUAACGGUAGCUGCUGAUUACGUCCGGCCACCACCUCGAAAGAACUUACAGUUUCCGUGGGAUCCGAAGCCUUCCUCUCAACCUCAACAGGUGCAUGUGUCAUUGGCAGGGGACAAACACAUUCGUGUUACAUGGAUUACAAGCAAAUCAUCUUCUCCUUCACUUGUUGAAUAUGGAACAUCACCUGGAAAAUACACCUCUAGAAGUCAUGGAGAAACUACUUCUUAUAGCUACUUAUUUUACACCUCAGGGACAAUCCACCACACUGUCAUUGGUCCACUUGAACACAACACUGUUUACUAUUACAAAUGUGGAGGAAGAGGACCCGAGUUCAGUCUCAAAACUCCACCAUCAGAGUUCCCAAUUACAUUAGCUGUGGCUGGUGAUUUAGGUCAAACUGGGUGGACAAAGUCAACUUUGGACCAUAUUGAUUUAUGUCAAUAUGAUCUUCAUCUUCUCCCUGGUGAUCUUUCUUAUGCUGAUUAUAUUCAGAGCAGGUGGGAUACAUUUGGGGAGCUUGUGGAGCCACUUGCAAGUGCAAGGCCAUGGAUGGUGACACAAGGGAAUCAUGAAAAGGAGAAUAUUCCGUUUAUUAAAGAUGGGUUUGAAUCGUAUAAUGCUAGAUGGAAGAUGCCUCAUGAAGAAAGUGGAUCAAUGUCAAAUCUUUAUUAUUCGUUUGAAGUUGCAGGGGCUCAUGUUGUGAUGCUUGGUUCAUAUACUGAUUAUGAUGUGAAUUCUGAGCAAUACAACUGGUUGAAGGCAGAUCUGUCAACGGUAGACCGAAAAAAGACACCUUGGUUACUUGCAUUAUUUCAUGUGCCAUGGUAUAAUAGUAAUUAUGCUCAUCAAGGUGAAGGAGAUGAUAUGAUGGAAGCAAUGGAGCCAUUACUUCAUGCUGCUGGUGUUGAUCUUGUCUUUUCCGGCCAUGUGCAUGCUUAUGAACGCACGAAACGUGUUUACAAUGGGAAAUCAAACCCGUGUGGUGCUGUCCACGUGACAAUUGGAGAUGGAGGAAACAAAGAAGGGCUAGCACAAAAGUACAAGGAGCCAUCGCCAGAAUGGUCAGUGUUUCGUGAAGCGAGUUUUGGUCAUGGUGAGUUGAAGAUAGUGAACUCAAGUCAUGCCUUUUGGAGUUGGCAUAGGAAUGAUGAUGAUGAGCCUGUGAAAUCUGAUGAGGUCUGGAUAACCUCCUUAAUCACUUCAGACUGUCUGCACCAACGGGUUCAGCUGACAAUGGCAGACAAUGGUUCAGUUAACGAUGAUACCACCAAUCAAAAUUCAGAGAUUAUCAAAACCGAAGCAGCACCAAUUGAUGAAUUAUCAAGAGAGAUUCAAGAAACCCUCUCUGUUUCACAAAGGCACAAAUUCUGGGAAACACAACCCGUAGGACAAUUCAAAGAUCUACGCGACACUAGCUUACCCGAAGGCCCAAUCGAACCUCCAACACCAUUAUCUGAAGUCAAACAAGAACCCUACAAUCUUCCAAAUCUUUACGAAUGGGUCACUUGUGAUAUGAGCUCUGAAGAAACCUGUCUUGAAGUCUACAACCUCCUCUCAAACAACUAUGUAGAAGAUGAUGAAAACAUGUUCAGAUUCAAUUACUCCAAACAGUUUCUCCAGUGGGCCCUACACCCUCCUGGUUACUUCAAAACCUGGCACAUAGGUGUACGUGUCAAAUCAUCAAAAAAGUUAGUUGCUUUCAUAACCGGAAUCCCCGCCAAAAUCCGAGUUCAAAACGAGAUUAUAACAAUGGCAGAAGUCAACUUCUUGUGUGUUCACAAGAAACUUAGAUCAAAAAGAUUAGCCCCUGUUAUGAUCAAAGAGGUUACACGAAGGGUACAUUUGGAAAAUAUCUGGCAAGCUGCCUACACAGCUGGAGUUGUUCUUCCUACUCCCAUAACUUCAUGUCAAUAUUGGCACAGAUCUUUAAACCCUAAAAAACUUAUCGAUGUUGGGUUUUCAAGACUCGGUCCUAGGAUGACCAUGAGUAGAACAAUGAAACUUUAUAAAUUACCCGAUUCGCCCCUGACACCCGGAUUUAGAAAAAUGGAGCUUCGUGAUGUUCCUAGUGUCACAAGACUGUUGAAAGCUUAUCUACUGGAGUUUAUCGUGGCACCUGAUUUUGAUGAAAUGGAUGUUGAACAUUGGAUUGUUCCUAAAGAAGGUGUUGUUGAUAGUUUUGUGGUUGAAAGUCAAGAGACUCAUGAAGUGACUGAUUUUUGUAGUUUUUACAGUUUGCCAUCUUCGAUUCUUGGACACCCGAAUCAUUCGAAUUUGAAAGCAGCUUAUUCGUAUUAUAAUGUGGCAACAAAGACUCCUUUGAUUCAGUUGAUGAAUGAUGCACUUAUUGUGGCCAAACAGAUGGAUUUUGAUGUUUUUAAUGCGUUGGAUGUGAUGCAUAAUGAAGGGUUUUUGAAGGAGUUGAAGUAUGGGCCUGGUGAUGGUAAGCUUCAUUAUUAUUUGUAUAAUUACAGGAUUAAGAGUAUGUUAAGAUCAUCUGAACUUGGGCUUGUGUUGUUGUAAUUUUGGAUUUUUUGUACUGAUUUUUCGUUGUUUUUUUUUUUAGAUUUUUAUGGAUGU